UUUUUUAAUGCUGCUGACGAGACGCUCGCUCAAGCAUCGGUGACCGUACAUUUACGAAUGGACGGCAUGAAUUUGACAUCAACCCAUAUUCUAACUAGUCCGAAUCCUUUCAACGAAUGCUUAUUUUUACAAGGCUAUUAGAACGUUAUACAUAUAGUUCAGUUUAGCCGUGUGUAGCAUAGACAUGGCGUCUUGAGCUAUGUGAAAAUGGCUCUAUAACACGGUGUUGUGGAGGGCGCGGUCCAUUCAACAAGGAGCUGUGGACACCAGCAGGCAGGAUGGAGGAGAAGAAACGCAACAUCCGGAUCAUUGAAUGGGAGGACCUGGACAAGAAAAAGUUCUACUCCCUGGGUGUGUUCAUGACCAUGACCACCAGGGCCACAGUUUACCCGUUCACCCUCAUCCGCACCCGGCUGCAGGUGCAGAAGGGCAAGUCCCUCUACACAGGCACCUUUGACGCCUUCUACAAGAUCCUGAAGGCGGAGGGCCCGCGAGGCCUCUACCGAGGCUUUAUGGUUAACACCUUCACCUUGAUCUCAGGCCAGGCCUACAUCACCACCUAUGAACUGGUAAGGAAGUACGUGUCCCAAUAUUCCAGCAAUAACACAGUGAAGUCUUUGUGGGCAGGGGGAGCGGCGUCCCUGGUGGCCCAGACCAUCACUGUGCCCAUAGAUAUGGUCUCUCAGCAGCUCAUGAUGCAAGGCCAGGUGGGACACCUGAGCCGCUUCAAGGUCAAACCCAAAAUAAUGAUGGCGACAUCCAAGAGCAAAGUGACUUUCGGACAAACCAGGGACAUUGUGGUGCAGAUAUGCGCCGCUGAUGGUUUCCGGGGAUUUUACCGGGGAUACGUGGCAUCCCUCCUCACCUACAUCCCCAAUAGCGCGGUGUGGUGGCCUUUUUAUCAUUUUUAUGCAGAGAACCUUUCCAAACUAGCCCCCAGUGAUUGUCCUCACCUGCUUCUGCAGGCUAUCGCUGGGCCAAUGGCAGCAGCCACAGCCUCUACCAUCACCAAUCCCAUGGAUGUUGUGCGGGCCAGAGUGCAGGUGGAGGGCAGGUCAUCGGUCAUUGCAACCUUCAAGCAGCUGCUGGCAGAGGAAGGACCCUGGGGGAUGACUAAAGGGUUGUCUGCCCGCAUUAUCUCCUCCACCCCCACGGCCGUGGUCAUCGUGGUGGGCUACGAGACCCUCAAGAGACUGAGCCUGCGGCCUGAGCUGGUCAACUCUAGACACUGGUAAAUACCAGAGGGACAACCAGGGACAAACCCGGGCUAGACUGGGUCAGGUAGCCAGGGACACUGUCAAACACAGACAAAACAUGGCUACCUGGUCUCCCAUAAAAACUGUUGCCUUUUUUGUUUUAAUGUGAGGUUGGUGGAUUUUAUCAUGCUGUUUGGGCAGAGGAAUUAUGAUUCAUACCUUUUUGUUUUCAGGGAGUACAACUGUAGAUAUUGGAACUUGUUAAUUAGAGGUAUGGAGAAAAAUGUGUGCGUUGUUGCAGCAGAGUAAGCAAAUUAAAGUGUAAUUAAUAAGGAGAGUUGUUUAAUUUACCAAUUAUAAGGCUUGGUAAAUUUGACACUGGGUUAAACUGGUUUUCAAAAUGGACUCUCACAAACCCUCUGUUGCCCUUAAAUUGUUUGUUAACUUUAAAUGGUACAUGUUUGUCAGCUUGGUAUUGUUCAUGUAUUCACCCAAUGGUUGUGUUUUACUGGCAAAGGUAAUGUAGACAACCCUGCUGAGAGCCUGUCAACAGGGCAGGUUAUUACAUUCAACAGACAAGUUCUCUUCCUUUGGUGAGAAAGGACCAGGGCUAUGUUGAAUAAGAGCAGAACUGCUCUCUAGUACCCUUUUUCUCUGAAUAAGAUUUGUGUAAAGCAAGUUAUUCAAAGUAGGCUUGGGAAACACUAUGGCAUGGUGUUGAGGAAGCACCAGUAAUUUUACAUCUCAAUUUAAAAACAGUAUGACCUAUUCCUGCCCUCAAUGCUUGUGGACUGUUGGGAAUAGUACACUAUAUACAAAAUGUGUAUAUAAUAUAUAAUGUGUAUAUAAUAUAUAUAUAUAUAUGUGGACACCCUUUCAAAUGAGUGGAUUGGGCUAGUUCAGCUCUACCAGUUGCAUCAAAUUGAGCACACAGCCAUGCAAUCUCCAUAGACAAACAUUGGCAGUAGAAUUGCCUGAAGAGCUCAAUGACUUUCAACGUGGUACUGUCAUAAGAUGCCCCCUUAAAUUUCUACCCUGCUUAACUGUAAGUGCUGUGAGUGUGAGGUGGAAACAUCUAGGAGCAACAACAGCUCAGCCACAAAGUGGUAAGCCAUACAAGCUCACAGAAUGGGACCGCUGAAGUGCGUAGCGUGUAAAAAAUAAUCUGUCCUCGGCUGCAACACACUAUCAAGUUCCAUGCUGCCUCUGGAAGCAACAAAAUAACUUCGGCUUCUGUGCGGGUGCCCAUUUUUAUUUGAAUGUGAAUAUGAAUGUCCCUGAUUUUGAAAUGAGAUAUUCAAAAAGCAGGUGUCCACAUACUUUUGAUAAUGGCGAGGCAGCCAUUUUAGGAGUCCAUUGUCCUGAAACAUGCCACAAAAAAUGCUAUAUGAAGUGUUUCUUGGCCAAAAUUAAAUUUAGCAAUUUGAUUAAUGGUUUCUAAAUGUACUACAUACAUUUCAUGGAGUAAAAGGUUGUUUUGAAUAUUUCCUUUUUCCUGUAAGUUGUAAACUGAACUGUUGCACUUCAUUGAUUUUAGUUCAUGAAAUUAACCUUGUUUGUAAGCAUUCACGCAUUAUGAAUUUGCUCAUACCUUCCUCAAAUAUGAGUGGUGAUAUUUGGCACCAUGCUCAGUUGUGAAGUAUACCCAUGUUAACUGGAUAGGGUGUUCUGAUUUCUUCAAUGAGUUUCAAUUAGCAACAAUUUCAGGUCACAACUGUGUUUUGGAUAAAUAAAGUAAAUAGAUUUGCACAAGUUAUUUUAACUUGAUGGAAAAUGUCAAAUACUGUCACAGCACACCGAAACCUUUAAGUUUCUCCUAAUGCUUAGCAAAAAAUCAUAACUCAUGAAUUUGAAUUGCGAGGUCAUUGACAGUUUGUACAAUAAAUUGGACUUCACACUUUCAGGAACAGGCCUACUUAUGUAACAACCCUACAGUGCCUGAAGCUGAUUUGAUCCUCAAUGUUACACCAAUUGCCGUUAUCCCCUAGAUUUAUCGUCGCCGCCACUCCUUAAAAGAAACAUUUGGGAUGGUAACGUUUGUGUAAAAUUAAAUGACUAAAAUCAGUAUGUAGAAAAGAUAAUGGACAUAUUUUAAAAUAAGAUCUUUCAGAACUAAUCACCAAAAUAUAGAGCGUAAGGGAGAAUAAAAUUACAAACGUCAUGGUAUGGAGCCCCCAUUGACUCAAACAUAACAAAAUCAAUCAGGAAACAUAACACUGCAUACGUGACGACAAUAUGUAGAAUUGCAAGAAAUGAAUUUACGUUUUGUCUGCACCCUAAACUUUCAGCCUGCCAAAUUGCCAUCUAACACCAAUUUUUUUCUUCUAGUAAAAACCUUGUAGUGCCAACGUAUAUUAGCAUUUCAUACUUUGGGGGUUUUCAAUGAGGUACAUGCGGAUGGGAAACCCCAUGCUUCAGCAUCAGUUGGGGAUACAUUUAAUCAUCUUUUUUCAAAUGUAUUAUACAAAAAUAUAAUCUCAUGGGGCUGCAUGCCCACGGACCCGCCCCAGGUAAAGGAAAAAAAAUCCUACUGGAAACUUUUCUGUGCCACCUUGGGCAAAAGCCCCCUUAAUGUCAACUCAUUUUCCUUCUCUACGAUGGGCAUGGCAAAUGUGUCCAUUACGUUGCAGUUUUCUUAAAACACUUUGGAAUAGGAAUUAAUUCUAUAUGCAGUACUGGUUUUUGGUCACAGGAUGGAGCACUGGUUUGCAAGACCUUCUUGAGCAUGUUGUGUGUAAUGUAAUAGGAUAACUAACUGUAGCCUUGGUGCCAGCCCGAGAUGGAAGUUCAUGCUGAUUGAAAUGUGUGCUUCCUCACUUUUCACAGAAAUCCUGUGUACAGUAAUUGUUUUUCUAAACAUAACUGCCUGGGAAACAUCUGCUGUAUUUUAAUUUGUGGGGACAUUCAUUUAAAAAUCCACAAAUGACUAGGUUACCAUUCUGAAAAUGUUGAAAAGUUAAAUAAAUCAGGCACCGGUAGGAAGGAACAUUAACUCAAAUUAGUUGGGGAAAUGAAAAUACAAAAAAAUCCUUUAUUUUGAGUACAACAAGGGAGGGCAAGGAACAGUGAAGUGCAAAAUAAUCAAUGACAUUGAACCUCCCACAAUCAUUGUUUGAUUGCAGUUUAGCUCUGGCUCAGUGGGGCAACCAUGGGCUGUUCUGCCUGAGCUAGGCCAUAGGUGCAUCUCAACAGUCUAAAUGGACUUCCUCUCCUCACCUUCCAUCUCCAUGAGAAGGAGCAGGGCUUGUGAAUGUGAAUUUUCAAAUCAGUGCAGCUGAGAGGAAGGAGGGCAAGUCAGAAUAUUGAGCUGCACCAUAAGUAGGAUGAGCCAGGCAAGAUAAGCUGUGGUACUCUUACUAGAGCGCCAGUAUUCAGGCUGCCUGGUUUGCAGCUGGGAGAGGUGCUAGGAAUGAGAGCUGGUGCAUCACAUGGGACAAUCAUAGAUAUGGAUGGCCCUGUCAUCUCCAACAGAUACGAUCUUAGAACCUGUGCCGUUGUAUUUCACACUCCACACCUAGGGGGGGAAAGCAGACGACAAGACUUGAACAACAUGCAAGGUAGCAGUUAAGUGUAAAAACAGUGGCAGAGUUGGAAAAACACAUGUCACUUAAAAUACUCUGUAGGCAUUUCGAAACCAAUUCAGAAUGCAGGUGUACGACUGUACCAUCAAAUGUAGUCAGAAAAGAUUUCAGAUAUUACUAUUCUGUAAAAAAAAAAAAAAAAAACACCCUU